ACAACCACCACCACCACCACCACCUUCAUCAUCACCAUGACGACCACGACGGCGCGCCGUACCAUCAUGGCCGGAGCGACACGGACUCGGACAUCCUCUUCUACAACAGUCGGCCCAACAGCAGACCUCAGUCUUUCAUUCAGGACAGCCCUGUCAUGAGUCAUCAUUCAUCCCUCAACAUGAGUCGACAAAGCACACAGGACUACAGACGGGCUCCCUCAUGGGUCGUGAGGAUGCAGAUUACAACGAUGGCUACCGCUACAAGGCUUGGUCUCAUGUCAAUGGCGGCCCCCCACAGUACAACCCGUUCUACACCAGCAUAGACAGCAUGCCAGAGAUCAAGCCGCGGCGGAAGAGCAUACCCCUCGUCAGCGACUUGAGCCUAGCAGCCAAACGGAAUGCCGGUGUGUCUUCUGCCAUGGUGGCACGACAGUCACUCAACGACGAGGAGCUGAAAAUGCACGUGUACAAGAAGACCCUCCAGGCCCUGAUCUACCCGAUCUCGUCCACGACGCCUCACAACUUUGUGGUGUGGUCGGCCACCUCGCCUACCUACUGCUUCGAGUGUGAGGGCCUCCUGUGGGGGCUGGCAAGGCAGGGUGUUCGGUGCACAGAAUGCGGGGUCAAAUGUCAUGAGAAGUGCAAGGACUUGCUCAAUGCAGACUGUUUGCAAAGGGCUGCGGAGAAGAGCUCCAAGCACGGCGCAGAUGACAAGGCUCACAACAUCAUCAUGGCCAUGAAAGAGAGAAUGAAGAUUAGGGAGAAGAAUAAGCCUGAGAUUUUCGAAAUGAUACGACAAGUGUUUGGGGUAGAUAAAAAGUCUCACUCCGGACACAUGAAGGCUGUAAAACAAAGUGUGCUCGACGGUACUUCCAAGUGGUCAGCUAAGAUAGCUAUAACUGUGAUAUCUGCCCAGGGCCUGACGGGCAAAGACAAGACGGGGACCAGCGACCCCUACGUCACGGUCCAGGUGGGCAAAGUGAAGAAAAGAACCAAGACAGUGCCUCAAGACCUCAACCCAGAGUGGAAUGAAAAGUUCUACUUUGAGUGUCAUAAUUCAUCUGACAGAAUAAAAGUUCGAGUAUGGGAUGAGGAUAAUGAUCUCAAGUCAAAACUUCGUCAGAAGUUGACUCGGGAAUCAGAUGACUUUUUGGGGCAGACCAUCAUUGAGGUUCGAACGUUGUCUGGAGAAAUGGACGUUUGGUACAGUUUAGAGAAACGUACAGACAAAUCUGCUGUGUCUGGUGCUAUCCGUCUGCACAUAAGUGUGGAGAUCAAGGGAGAGGAGAAAGUGGCUCCGUACCAUGUGCAGUACACUUGCCUUCAUGAGAAUCUCUUCCAUUAUCUCUGUGAACAAGCUGGAGGGGAAGUAAAGCUACCCAAUGCCAAAGGGACGGAUGAGUCCUGGAAGGUGUACUUCGAUGAACCUGGCCAGGAGGUGGUGGAUGAGUUUGCCAUGCGUUAUGGUAUAGAGUCCAUAUACCAGGCCAUGACCCACUUCUCGUGCCUGUCUUGCAAGUAUAUGUGCGCCGGGGUGCCUGCCCUUAUGAGCACAUUACUGGCAAACAUCAACGCCUUCUACGCUCACACGGCUGCCACCACUGCUGUGUCAGCCAGCGACAGAUUUGCAGCAUCUAACUUUGGGAAAGAAAAGUUUGUCAAGUUGUUGGAUCAGCUUCACAACUCUUUACGGAUUGACUUGUCCAUGUACAGGAACAACUUUCCAGCUUCUGAUGCUGGGAGGAUGAAAGACCUCAAGUCCACUGUAGAUUUGCUCACUAGUAUUACUUUCUUCCGGAUGAAGGUUCAAGAACUAACCAGUCCUCCCCGAGCGGGCACAGUGGUGAAGGACUGUGUCAUUGCCUGCAUUAAAUCCACGUACAAAUUCCUGUUUGACAACUGCUCCGAGCUGUACAACCGAGAGUUCCAGACAGACCCCAAUGAGCAGAUGGCAGCCGACCAGGAGGGGCCUAGUGGCAAGAGCUUGCACUUUUGGCACAAGCUCAUAGCCCUCAUUGUCUCUGUCAUAGAGGAGGACCGCAACAGUUACACUGCUGUGCUCAACCAGUUCCCCCAGGAGCUGGUUGUUGGGCAAGUCAGUGCUUACAUGAUGUGGGACCAGUUUUCUCAGGACUUGUGCAUAGCUCUACAGCAGCAUGAAGAAGAGAGGACGUGUAAAAGUUCUGAAUACAUGAAUCUGCACUUCAAAGUGAAGUGGCUGUAUACCAAAUAUAUUUCCGAUGUGCCUCAGUAUCGUGGCUCUGUGCCUGAGUACCCUAGAUGGUUUGAACCAUUUGUCAUGCAGUGGCUCAAUGAAAAUGACGAUGUGUCCAUGGACUAUCUCCACGGUGCCUAUGACAGAGACAGGAAGGACGGGUUCCAAAAGAGCUCUGAGCAUGCCCUGUUCUCGACCUCGGUUGUGGAUGUGUUCACACAGCUCAACCAGUGCUUCGAUGUCAUCAAGAAGCUCGAGUGCCCAGACCCAGAGGUGGUCAAAAACUACAUGAAGCGGUUUGCCAAGACUGUGAACAAAGUGCUAUUAGCCUAUGCAGACAUUGUGCGAAGGGACUUUGAGAAGUACACCAGUCGGCAGAAAGUGGCGUGUAUUAUGAUGAACAACAUCCAGCAGCUACGAGUGCAAUUGGAGAAAGUGUUUGAGUCCAUGGGUGGGGAGAAGCUGGAUGCUGAUGCAGCAAACAUCCUGAAUGAGCUGCAGCAGAAACUCAACUCAGUCCUGGAUGACCUCAGCUCCAUUUUCUCCAAAAGCUUGGAGCCUCAGAUCCAGCAGAGCAUGCAGGAACUGGGCGGCCUCCUCUGUAAGGUCAAGGGCGGAGGUCAGGUGUCCCUGUCACAGCCCAGCCAGCGCUCCAGCAUACAGCAGGAGUCAGAUAUGGUGCUGAGACCCCUCAUGGACCUCCUCGAUGGCAGCCUGUCCAUGUUUGCUCAAGUAUGUGAGAAGACAGUGCUCAAGAGACUUCUCAAGGAAUUAUGGAAGAUUGUGAUGCACACAAUGGAGAAGACAGUGGUGCUCCCCCCACUCUCGGAUCCUCGCCAGCUACUUCCGUUGCCUAGCAACGCCCAGGCCAAAAUCGAAGACAUGUCACGUCUGCUGCUGAGUCACGUGAGCCAGAUGCCGAUGAACACUCCUAUGAAGCAGGUCAAGAGCAUACAGGCCACCUUCCUGGACAUGUCCAAGGAGGCAGAGAAGAACCUGAGCCCCAAGCAGUGUGCGGUGUUGGACAUGGCUUUGGACACCAUCAAGCAGUACUUCCACGCUGGAGGCCAGGGUCUCAAGAAGACGUUCCUGGACAAGAGUGCAGAGCUACAGUCGCUACGCUACGCACUGAGUCUGUACACACAGACGACUGACACGCUCAUCAAGACCUUUGUCAGCACACAGACGCAGCAGGAGAAGCCAGGCCAAGAGGAGCCAGUGGGUGAGGUGUCCAUACAGGUGGACUUCACAACACACCCGGGAACUGGAGAGCACAAGGUCACUGUCAGAGUGGUAGCAUGCAAUGACCUCAAGUGGAGAACGACUGGAAUGUUCCGGCCUUUUGUGGAGGUGCAUCUGAUUGGUCCACACCUUAACGACAAGAAGAGGAAACACUCCACCAAGUCAAAGUCAAAUAACUGGAGUCCCAAAUAUAAUGAGACCUUUCACUUCAACUUGGGGAAUGAGGAUGACCCCUAUGCCUAUGAGCUACAGUUCUGUGUGAAGGACUAUUGCUUUGCCCGUGAGGACCGCCUCAUCGGUAUUGCCCUCAUGCAGCUCCGCGACAUCAUUGAGCAGGGAAGCUGUGCCUGCUGGGUGGCUCUGGGCCCUCGCGUGCACCUCGAUGACACCGGGUUCACCGUCUUGCGCAUUUUGUCCCAGCGCACCAACGACGAAGUGGCUAAAGAGUUUGUCAAGCUCAAGUCGGAGUGCCGUCAUCUGGAAGAGGUUCAGUCGUGAUGAGCCUGCAAUAACCACAACACGCGCUUGUCACUCUGCCUAGUGGAGAGAGCGAGAGAGAGCAGUUUGUUGGCUCUCCCUCCUCCUCCUGCUCUGCCCAGUAGUUUCACGCUGCCUAUCCUGCCGCUCAGAGAGUGGUCUUGCAGCGAGUAGAGUCAGUGGUGUGGUGAUCGUCUUUCCCCAAGACGGAAAUCUCUUCCCUCCUCCUGUGUUGAUUCCUGAUCUGUUGCCAUGCGACAAGAUGCUUAUUUGUGUGGACCUUGUGGGGGUGUGCUCUCCUUACAGCUGCCUCCUGGGGUAGCCACAUGGAGGAUAAUAACGCAGCCAUUUCUCUACAAGGCUUCCCUGGUAUUGACUCCUCUGUUGAAGCAUCUGCUAUAAAGCAAACUACAGCUGUGGUUUUUGUUUUCAUCUUACUAUGGCGUCCAGCAAGUAUUACAUGCUAACUAUGACUGCAUGGUGUAGACUUUUAUACUCUUACUAGGCAUCUGCUGGUCUUUGUUUUAGUUUGAAUGAUACUGUUGUGAACUCUUUAAGAAUCUAAGAUCACCCAUUUUUCCUCUGAACCCUGAAAAAUUCAGAGUACUUCAUGCUCAUUGUCUUCUUUCUCAUGUGAUUAAGAACAAAAAGAUAAACGCAUUGCAAAGUCCCAGGUCAAAUGCAGAGGGCAAGACAUUCUUAAUAUACUGUUCUGCCUUAUUUGGUGCACUAAGUUUCCUUCCAAUCCAGGAUAAGAAAUAUUUUAGGAAUGCUAGAUAUCAAAAUAUAAUUGAAUAACUACCUUCAAAAAAGAAGUUUCUUGCAGCCAGUCAAGAAGGAUUAUUUUGUUAAGAGGAGUUGAGGAGGAAAAUGUGUUGAGUGUCUUAGGGAAGGUUAGGUUUGUAGUGGGGCAGUUUAUCAUUUCUGUUGUUUGUUUUUUUCUUUGUUAUGGCAAGUCCAUGGGCUGCAUGGUAUUCAUUAUCCCAGAGACAUCAUAAGUCUGAAAGGAAUAAUAACAUAAAUUAUUUUUCUGCCAUGAGAAAUGAAUUUAGAACUUUCCUUUCUUUUUUGCAGCCUCUAUUUCAGUGUCUUCCUCAAGUAAAGCUGUAAUUUAUAUGAUUAUGAUACCCAACACAUCAUUUUUCACUGCGUAGAUCAUUCAAAUAGAACAGUGUCGUGCUUCAUACACUUCAAGUUCUUGCCAUGAAAACCACUUGACUGGCUGCAUUACUUUUGGGGUAUCACGCGCAUUAAUUUCCACCUUUCUGAUGGUGCAUUUUAGGAUUAGUUAAAAGUUUUUAUUUUAUUGCACUCUUUAGUGCUUAUAACUGUAGUCUGAUUUUCUUUUCAGGAUAGUUUAAUAUUUAAAAAAAACAAAACAACAAUAGUUAUCACUGCUUUUCAAAUCGCCUUUUCUUUCAUUAAGAAACAUUUAAUUCUCACACUACUCCAUAUCAUCAAUCUAUACAUUCAGUACUUUCUUCAUUGUCAAAACGGGAAAUACAAACUACAGGCCUAUGCAGACUCUUCAAUUUUGUUCUUCUGUGUACAGGAUGAAUCGGGUCAGGUUGUUUAUAAGCUAUAUUGGACUGGAUCGAUGUGAUAUGACUCAUUUAUUUAAUCUGUCCGAGUUUAUUAAUUCCAUGUGUGACAGUUAACUUCUUUUAUGGUGGUGGGAGUGGAAUAUUUGGCAAAAGACUUUUCCGUCUUUUGUCUUUGGAAUUUUCUUGUACGAGGUGUUUCAUGCAUACUUAUUUAUGAGCAGGUGUAGUUGCCAUUCCUGUAUGUAGUUAGAGAGGAAAACAGCUUUAUACAGCGUUAAUGCUAUAAUCUCUCCUUAUGCUCAGUGUAUAGGAAUUAAUACAUGAAUGUGUUAUCAUGGUGAUAUUUGUCAUUUUCUACUCUUUCCAUGUAUCGUCACCAUUUUUAUACAUUGCAUUUUCUUGUUACUUUACCAAAGCUGGUUUCACGGUGCAUAUGUUUGCCCAACUUGUUAUGACAUUUUACAAAUGGUGAGUGUUUUCAGGCAUCUUUGAGUGGACCAGAAGAGAGUAAAUGGAUGUGUGGCAGGUUCACCUUAAUGAAUAUAUUUGUAUGCCAAGGUUCAAUAUUAUUUUCAUGCUGUUUUUUGUCAGCGUUUGUUCCCCUUCCUACAAAUUUUAUAAAUGAAUGCUGUUCAAAAUAUGCUUUAUCUACUGUUUCAGUUCUUUUUUCUCCAGUUCUUGGUUCUUGGAAAGACAAUUUGAAGGUCACAGCUUGAAAUGACCAGUUUGUUAAUGAGAUCUUUUGAAAAAAACUCUCACAAUGUGAUAUGGUUGUGUUGUGAUUUGGCAGAAUUAUGAUUAGUAUUUUGGCCUUGAGGGAGAAAACACUUUGGGAUCACUAUUUGGCACUUUGAUGUGACUCCCCUAAAACUUUUAGUAUCUAAAAGGGUUGGAUUUUUACUUCUUUCAACCUUCUCAGAAAAGUUUUAGAGUGGAGAAAAUUCUACUAGUGCAUGAGCUCUAUUAAGUUAAAAAGGGGUGAGUGAUAUCUAACCUUGGAACGUUGUAACACAGUAGGUGUAAGACUAAAUAGAAUAUCGCCAAAGUAUUUGGUAGAGUCAAAAAUAAUGUUUAUGUCCUCGCCAUUGGUAUCUUUCGGUGUGUUUCUUUAAAGAUUCUUCCUCGAAAGAUACUGUUAUAAUUAUAUGGUGUACUCCUAGCAAAGUCAUUUUAAUAUAAUUUUGUUGCAUUUAGCCAUUCAAGUGUUCUAAGUUUGUUUAUGUUAUAGACAUGCAUGUCUCGCACCCUGUUGUAUUAUUGGGUAUAUAACUUAUAUUUUUUUCUUCGUUUUUCUAUCCUGAUUGUUUAAUUGUUGUUUUUUCUUUAUAUUCGUCAAAUGAUAAGCCUGUAGCUAUUAUUUCAGAGAAGCCCUAACCUAUGAUUGGUCUUUUUUCUAAGAUUUUUUUCAGUAGAGUAUAAUAGCUAUUUGAGAGCGAAGUCAUCAGGUUCUAGGCAUCAUACACCAACCCAAAAGUUUAUGCCUAAAAGUUUGAUCUAGUAAUAAUAGAGAUCCUGCCUUGCUAUAAUUAAAUUGUAAACCUUUAAAAACGGUGAUUUUUUUUCCUUUCGUAUGAAGAAUCACAGAGAUUGUGAGUAAGAGAUCGAGAAAAGCAGAAAAAAUUCCAACUGGGGUCUGUAAAGGUAUAGAUGCUUAGUUGCUUCAAAAUUUAUCUUGUGGAUAACACAUUGAUCCUUGUGGAACCAAUGUAGUAACCCUUAUUUUUAGUAAUAUUUUUGUGUGAAAUUAUGGAAAAUUGGGUUGUGUACAACUCACAUUUAUCUAUCAAUGAUGACAAAACACUUUGAUAAAUCUCUGCUUAGUGGAACACUUAACUCAAACCUUUUAAGGGUCGCAUAAUAUAUGCCUACUGUUUAUGGUCUAUUGCAGAGCAGCGGUACUUUCGUUUGUGUAAAGGUGAUGUGGUGUUGAAACAUGAUUUCACGGUUUGUUGUUUAAGCUUGAGAUUUUAGGGGCUAGACAGGUAUUCAUAGUCAGGCAUUUUUUGGCCAAUUCUUUUUCCUCUUUCUUUUUAGCAGCUCUUUUUUGAUAACUUCAUCAUUCCACAUGAUUCCCCCAUCUCCAAUAUCCUCGAUAAUUAAGGGCUUUGCCAAGGCAUGUAGAAGACCCAAGUUCAGUUCUGGGUCGGGAGAAUUUUAAUUGAUUAUCUCGGUCUUUCUGUUGGGACUUUGUAUCCCUCUCAGCCCUUGAUGGCCCUGAUAGACCAGGGUCAAAGCCAGCCUCAUGAUUUAUCUAAAUUUUGUUGAUGGGGAGCAUGAAAACACCUUCAUUAAAGAAAACAUUGUAAAAAA